UGGCAGAAGCUAGUCAUGAUCAUGACGUUACGAGCCCGAAGCCACCUCGGAAACGGAAGGGAUUCAACCGGGCGAGUGAAAUCGUCCAAAAGAAAAAGAAAGAAAGCCGAGAUGCUGGCGUUGAAGGUGCCGCCGCUGUGCAGCCGUGCAGGCGUAAGAAAAGAGUAGCCUGCCAGUCAAAAAGGCAAGCGAGAGACGACGUAGACGAGUCCCAGUUAAUCGAAGAGCUUAGAAGUGGUGUCACGUCGAUCUUGAGUGGCUUCGAAGCAGACAGAAUGGAUACCGGCUCGUCUCGAGUCGCCAAGUGUCCGUCGCGGGACAGCGCCAGCGGGGUUACGGAAAGCGAUAAACGAAAGAAGAAAAGAAAAAAGAAGAAAAGGAAGUCGUCAGAAGAAGGCGAAACUUCGACUCGGGAAAAGCCUAAUACAUACUCUAAGAAUAUAUUGUCAACUAACGAACACAAAAUUAUAAAUCGAAAUGCGAAGCAAAAGAUCAAGGAACCAUCGUCAGCAGAAGAAGAAGCACGAAAGUCCUUCAGUAACUUCACAUUAGAAGAGAUGGAUGAUCAUGCACAAAACAUUGACAUUGGUUCACAGAGAAAAGUUUCACAACGACCACAAAGAGUUGGCAUGCUUGCCGGCCCAAGUUUGACCCCUGGGAAAGCGAAAAGUAAGAAGAGACGGGCAUUUGCUCUAGCAUCAUCUUCUGAUGUUCGCGAGUGGGCACUGUCAAAAAUAAGAGCGGCGCAGUUUCGUAUGCUGAACGAAGAACUCUACACGACAGCAAGUGACGACGCAGUUGAGUCGUUAAAAAGUGAUCCUCAGGCAUUCCAGGCUUACCAUGAAGGCUUUGAGCGACAAGUAUCGAAGUGGCCAGUGAAUCCUGUGGAUGUCAUCAUUGACAGCUUGCGUAGCAUGCCGAAGUCAACUGUCAUUGCUGAUCUAGGCUGUGGUGAAGCAAAAAUAGCUCAAGAGCUCACAAGAAACAAGGUCCAUUCCUUUGAUAUUAUUGCUUUGAAUGAACAUGUCACAGUCUGCGACAUGAGUAAGCUUCCACUGCCCAGUCAAACUGUUGACGUUGCGGUGUUUUGCCUUUCAUUGAUGGGAACAAAUUUGAACAUGUUUGUUCUGGAGGCAAACCGCAUAUUAAAAAAGGGUGGUAUGUUAAAGAUUGCAGAGGUGAAGAGCAGGUUUUCAACAACUGAAGGAUUUGCAAAGACCAUGAAAAAGUUUGGGUUUGAACUGGCACAUCUGGAUGAAUCCAAUAAGAUGUUUGUAUUGCUCGAUUUCAAGAAGGCCAGGAGCACAACAGCACAUCCACAUCUUCCAACGCUCAAACUGAUGCCUUGCCUCUACAAGAAGCGAUGAACUGUUCAUCUAGGAGGUUUGAAUUUCACACCACUGUGAGCAAAGCAUAGAAAAAAACUAUUUGUAUUAUGCACUAGCACUGCUUAUGUCAUUUAGUGUGACAGUAAAAAAGGAGUCUGAUGAUGUGGUAAAAAGAUGCUGAUAGUAAAAGGGAGUCCAUCUCAUAAUCUUGUCCAUGUUUAUUAACUCUGAGUGAGCAGUAGCUGAGAACACUGGCAAUCAUUGUGUUGCAACUUUUUCUUUGCAGUAACAAAAUAUGUCAACAAGGUGCGAGCAAUAAAUCUCCAGUGUGAAUCACACUCGACAGAUAUCAUGUUGCAAUGUACAAAGCUAAUAGUGCACCAUAAAACCACACUGUAUGUAAGACAAAAACACUGCACAAAAUACAUGUAGCGGUUCUCAGAAAUUAAAGAUGAAAAACAUCACA